AUGAAAGAUGUAACCUUUGAGUUCAAUGAGGAUUGUCUCACAGCCUUUAACACUUUAAAGGAAAAGCUUAUGACAGCACCAGUAAUUGUAGCACCAGACUGGGAAUUGCCUUUUGAAUUGAUGUCAUACCUUGUCGGGUCUAAAAUCAUUGUCUAUACUGAUCAUGCUACAUUGAAGUAUCUGCUCACAAAAAAGAAUGCAAAGCCGAGAUUAAUUCGUUGGGUGCUGCUGUUGCAGGAAUAUGACAUUGAGAUACGCGACAAUAAGGGCACCGAGAACGUAGUAACAGAUCACCUAUCCAAACUAGACCUUGGGGAGACGGAAGAUUUAGUGGAUAUAAAUGAGAUCUUCCCGAAUGAACAGAUGUUGAGAGCGGAUGAAGCACCUUGGUACGUAGAUAUUGUCAAUUACUUGGCCAGUUCCAUUCCACCGCCUGACUGCUCCAAUCACCAAAGAAAAAAAUUCUUCGCCGAGUUAAAAUAUUAUUUCUGGGAGGAUCCAAUUCUCUAUAGACGAGGAGCUGAACAGAUAGUGCGGAGGUACGUACUUGAAGAAAAAGUACAUGAGAUUCUUGAGCACUGUCACUCAUCCGCAUAUGCAGGACACUUUGGAGCUUCAAAAACAGCUGCAAAGAUUCUACAAUCAGGUUUCUACUGGCCUACAUUGUUUAAAGACACAUUUGAGUUUUAUAUCUUGGUGGAAGUAGAUUACGUCUCAAAAUGGGUGGAAGCAAUUACACUGCCAACAAAUGACUCAAAGACAUUUGAGCAGCUGCUGAAUAAAUAUGGCGUUAAACACCACCUUGCUACUCCAUAUCAUCCACAAACCAGCGGGCAAGUUGAGGUAUCUAAUCGGCAGCUGAAGAGGGCAAACACUUCUGUAAUCGCCAGUUUGAGCAGCUGUUGA